AUGGAUAUUAAUGAAAAAUCACCUGUAGCUGUUGUGAUGAUGGUGGUGGGACAAUUUCAACACUACCUGGCCUUGUUGAAAAGCGAGAGGAACAGCAGGGAGGUCCUCACAGUGAACCAAGGGAAGAGGCUGGAGAUGCUGCUGCAAUCAGCUUACUUCUUCCCUAGCGAUGGUAAAUCGAGACCAUUAUUUGUGUGUGUUAAUUUCAUUUCAGGGGGUCAUGCUAAUUAUCACUGUAGAAGAAUCACAUCUAAGCGUACCAUCUUAAUUGCAUUCAUUAUUAUCCUCCCCUUCCUCAUCACCAUCAUUGUUCUUGCUGUCCUGAGAGGGGUGAAAUCCAACCAGACUUCCCCUGAUGUGAAUUACUCUGCUGUUUUGGGACCAGCGUGCCCAACUGGCUGGAUUGUCUAUGGAGGGAAGUGUUACUUUUUCUCAGAAGAAAAAAGAAACUGGGCUUCUGCCCAGCGCUUUUGCAUUUCCCAGGGCUCUUCUCUGGCUAAGAUUCAGAGUGAGCUGGAAAAGGUGUUCAUGUUCCGGUUCAAGGGCGACGCUGACCAUUGGAUUGGUCUCCGGAAGGACUUCAAUGAUACCUGGAUAUGGGCAGAUGGGUCAGAAUACAGUAACAGGUGAGUCCUUGUUCUUCUCCGAAUUGGGACUAAGCAGGAGGCAUGCUGUGUAC